UGUGGCCACUGGCCAUGAUUUCACCUCAGCAUCACACAGGUCAGGCUCAGUCAGGGUCACUGGGUCCUCAGAUCAGGGCCCCUCUCCAUCUCUUCUCUCACAUACAAGUCCCCAUGCUCCUCUCCUCUCUCCCUAGACUCUGCCCCUGAACACUUCCCGAUAGAUUCCAUCCCCUCUCUAUCAUCCUCGGCAUCCGCCCCGCUUUGCCCUUGUUAAUUGCAAAGGUUUCUGCAGGGAUAACAUUUGUGGGCAUCAGGGACUAGUUUGCAGUUGCUCAUCACACCAGUAGGAGGCUUUGUGUUCUUCUUCAGAGGAGGGGUUGGGAACUGAAAUAGGUGAAUCCUUGUGAAAGCAUAUAUCUUGCCUGCUGCUGUUGCCGUGGUGUCAGUGUGAGAGGUCAGAGCAAGCAAGAAGAGGAGAGGCUGGGGCUGACAUGGAAGGGGACAGCUUCUCCGGCAUGGCGAACGGCGGCGGCGGCGGCGGUCAGGCGGACGGGAAGCUGAUCCAGACGUUCCACAAGAGCUUCGUGCAGGUGCAGAGCCUGCUGGACCAGAACCGGCUGCUCAUCAGCGAGAUCAACCAGAACCACGAGUCCCGGGUGCCCGGCAACCUCACCCGCAACGUCGGCCUCAUCCGGGAGCUCAACAACAACAUCCGCCGCGUCGUCGGCCUCUACGCCGACCUCUCCGCCUCCUUCGCCCGCAACAUGGACGCCUCCUCCGACGGCGACUCCUCCGGCACGCUCCGCUCCUCCGACGGCCGCGCCGGCCAGAAGCGCGUCCGCCCCGGCUAGCGGCUCUCUUGGUCUUGCCGGCAUUCCCCCAUUGCGAAUAGUGAGGUGUUGCCACUACUAGGCCUAGGCUUAGCCUUUUUCUUGCAGCUCUCUUCUUGUUCAUUAAUCCUCCUUGUCUUUGCUGCAAAUGCUUUAGCUGCAUCAGUGAUUAGUGUAUGAUUAGUGAGAAACAGAAAGCUGUCAUGUGGUAGUUGCUAUGAUGAUGAUGAUGAGACGAAAUGCUCAUCUGUUGGCAUCCUUGCUGUUACAGUUAGCAUCUGAAAAUUAUUUCCAUGGCGGUUUUUCGAGUGUACUAGGACUUGGGGGAGCAUGUCCAUUGCAGCUCUCUGUCACUGUAGAUGGGUCAGGUCAGGUAGGCAGUUCAUGUUUAACAGGACAUACAGAUCUUGAGGCAUGCAUCUCAGCUACCAUCUGACAUUGCCGUCA